GACGUGCUCCCACGUGUGGUCCGAGAAAGAAGAGUGAGGAAGCGGCGACAGGAACAAGACACGUUAAGUGACGGAGGAGAAGAACGAGGCCAGCAGGCAAAAUGUCGCACCUUCCGAUGAAGUUGCUGCGCAAGAAGAUCGAGAAGCGCAACGAGAAGCUGCGUCAGAGGAACCAGCGGCUGAAGCAGAAAGAGGCCUUGAGGGCCAAUAUAGCAGAAGCCCAAGAUGAGCAUGUAUCAGAAGAAAUAGUAGAAGAAAUAAAAGUGGAAAAAUCUCCCAAGAAAUCUACAGUAUUAGCAGCCAGUGAAGAAUCAACUGCACAGCUCCCCAGUUCUGAAUUAAAAAAGAAAAAGAAGAAGAAGCGAAAAAUAACAGCUGAUGCAGGACCUGAAAACAAAAAAGCAAAAACAGAAGACCAAGAGGCAUCUGAUGAUGAAAAUGAGAAAGAUCCCAAAAUAAAAGAAAACUCCAUGGAGGAUCAAAAAGAAGAUGCAGAAAUGCCCAGCCUUCCUCAUGGUCUAACAGGGUCCUUUGAGGAUACUUCAUUCACUUCACUUAGUAAUAUUGUCAAUGAAAACACUCUGAAGGCAAUAGCAGAAAUGGGCUUUACUAACAUGACUGAGAUUCAGCAUAAAAGUAUCAGACCACUUCUAGAAGGCAGGGAUAUUCUAGCAGCUGCAAAAACAGGCAGUGGCAAAACCCUAGCAUUCCUCAUCCCUUCCAUAGAACUCAUUGUUAAGUUAAAGUUCAUGCCUAGGAAUGGAACAGGGGUCCUUAUCCUCUCACCUACUCGGGAGCUGGCUAUGCAAACCUUCGGUGUGCUUAAGGAACUAAUGUCUCACCAUGUACAUACCUAUGGUUUGAUCAUGGGGGGCAGUAACAGAUCUGCAGAGGCACAGAAACUUGCAAAUGGGAUCAACAUUAUUGUGGCUACACCUGGCCGACUUCUGGACCACAUGCAGAAUACCCCAGGAUUUAUGUUUAAAAACCUGCAGUGUCUUGUUAUUGAUGAGGCUGACCGAAUUCUUGAGGUUGGGUUUGAGGAAGAAAUGAAGCAGAUCAUCAAACUUCUGCCAAAACGCAGACAAACAAUGCUCUUUUCUGCCACGCAAACUCGUAAGGUGGAAGAUCUGGCAAAGAUUUCCCUUAAAAAGGAACCAUUAUAUGUUGGUGUUGAUGAUGAUAAAGAUACCGCAACAGUAGAUGGUCUUGAACAGGGAUAUGUUGUUUGUCCAUCUGAGAAAAGGUUCCUUCUACUCUUUACAUUCCUCAAGAAGAACCGGAAGAAGAAGUUGAUGGUAUUUUUUUCUUCAUGUAUGUCAGUGAAAUACCACUAUGAGCUUCUGAACUACAUUGAUUUACCUGUCAUGGCCAUUCACGGCAAACAGAAGCAAAAUAAACGGACAACUACAUUCUUUCAGUUCUGCAAUGCAGAUUCUGGAAUUUUGCUGUGUACAGAUGUGGCUGCCAGGGGGCUAGAUAUCCCAGAAGUAGAUUGGAUUGUCCAGUAUGACCCUCCAGAUGAUCCAAAGGAAUAUAUUCAUCGUGUAGGAAGAACAGCCAGAGGCAUAAAUGGAAGAGGUCAUGCUUUGCUUAUUUUACGACCAGAAGAGUUGGGUUUUCUUCGUUACCUGAAGCAAGCCAAGGUACCAUUAAGUGAAUUUGAAUUUUCCUGGUCAAAAAUUUCUGACAUUCAGUCUCAGUUGGAAAAACUAAUUGAGAAGAACUACUUCCUUCAUAAAUCGGCACAGGAGGCAUAUAAAUCCUAUGUUCGAGCAUAUGAUUCCCAUUCUCUGAAGCAAAUCUACAAUGUGAACAGCUUAAAUUUACCUCAAGUCGCUUUAUCAUUUGGUUUCAAAGUACCUCCGUUUGUUGACCUAAAUCUGAACAGCAGCCAGGGGAAGAGGUUGCAGAAAAGAGGUGGUGGUGGUGGUUUUGGCUACCAGAAGCCCAAGAACGUCCACAAGUCCAAAAUCUUCAAACACAUUAGCAAGAAGAAAUCUGAUGGCAGGCAGUUCUCUCACUGAGGCAGCAACUUUUCUAAUCUUCAAUAAUUUUGUCCUCAGAUAAAAGACUUGUCUUCAUUGCACUAACCGUGGAAUAUUUACAAUCUUCAGGAUUUGGAUUACAAUCUCAUUUACCACACUUAAGUGCAGUGGCUUCGACCAGUUUUUCUUACUAAAAAACAGUGAGAUGAAGCUAAGUUUAUCUUGGCUUCUAAAAGGUAAAUGACAUUUUCUUUUCAGUGGACAUAACAAAAACAAAAUUUUAACUGUAAAUUAUAUUUUUUCAAAGAACUUAUAUUUUCAAAGUGUAAACAGUUCCAUUUCUCUUAAGAGCAUUUGUCUUGGUCUUAUAUCCAAUCAUUCCUUACCAUUGUAUUUUUAGAACUCUGUGGCUUAGAUUGCAAUAUUAAUGAUCUUAUAACAUAUUCAGGGACAUGAGGGUCUUCUUGGCUAGCUAUACAAAUAAAGGCCUCAGUCUGUUCUGCUUA